UGGAGUUUGACUUUAACAGAUUCCUUUCAAUGUCUGAUGUUGCGUCUUCUAUAAAGAACAUAAGACAGCUUGGUGGUGGGACUCAAACCGCAGCUGGGAUAAAAUAUGUAGCUGAUAAUGUGUUUGUGGGCACGGCUGGAGCCAGGAGUGACGCGGUCAGAGUUUUGAUAACCAUUACUGACGGCCUGUCAAAUGCCGGCCCUUCUUCUUUCCCGUAUGCCAUCACAGCAGCCAACAAAAAGAACAUUAUCCGCUAUGCAAUCGGGGUGGGUAAUGCUUUUGCAGUCCCGCGGGCUAGGGAUGAGCUGAACAUCAUUGCCUCGUCACUCGACCUGGUCUUCACAGUUGACAAUUUCGGUGCUUUGAAUGGGAUUCAGAACCAGCUGGAAGAGAAAAUCUUUGCCAUUGAAGGUACACAGAAGGAUGCCUCAGUCAGUGCUUUCCAGCAGGAGAUGUCUCAGGGGGGUUUCAGCACCCUCUUCAAUGCUAACGGGGGGGCUGUUUUCGGAGCUGUCGGCGCGUUCGAUUGGUCGGGCGGUUUUUUCGAAGAGUCAGGGGCGGCUCUUAAGUUUGUCAACAUGUCUGCCCCAAACAGAGACAUGAAAGAUUCCUACAUGGGGUACACGGUAGAGACGUUUGUAGCCAGCUCCAGCUCCAGGUACUAUAUUGUCGGGGCACCCCGGUACCGACACAAAGGGAGGGUCAUAGUAUUCGUACAAGGGUCCUCCAAUCCCACCCAGAUGAUUGAGGGAACCCAGGUGGGUUCGUACUUCGGAUCUGUGCUUUGCUCCGUGGAUUUCAACAGAGACGGCUCCAGGGAUGUCUUGCUGAUCGGGUCUCCGAUGCACCACAGACCCAGGCAUGGAGGCCUCAUUACCAUGUACACCUUGGACAGCAAGCAACAGUUUGUUCCGGCUGGUGAGCUGACAGGGAUCGACGGACAGCCCCAUUCCAGAUUCGGAGCGUCGAUCUCGGAAGUGGCUGAUCUCAACGGAGACGGAUUCAGAGAUCUAGCCGUGGGGGCCCCUUUGGAAAAUAACAACCAGGGCAGCGUUUACAUCUAUAACGGGGGGUCCGGCCUGCCGGAGACCUUCAGUCAGAGGAUCGAAGCCUCUCAGGUCUCCAGCGGGCUGCAGUAUUUUGGUCACUCUCUCCACGGGGUGAUGGACGUGAGCGGAGACGAGCUCCCCGACCUCGCUGUGGGGUCCCUGGGCAGAGUCCUGGUCCUGAGGGCUCGGCCAGUGAUUGAGGUUCAAACCAGUAUGAAUUUUACACCGAACAUCAUUAAGACGGAUAACAGCAACUGCAGUGACAACAGGGCAUUCAAUUUGACCGUGUGCUUCACUCUGACAGACACCACGAGAGAUAAUCUAGGCACAAAGUCUGCUUCGAUCACCUACAACUUAGUGCUGGAUUCAGUGAGGACUCAAUUCAGAGCGUUCUUCACAGCCAAAGAACGAAACCUCACUGGCAGGGUUGAUAUCACAGGACCGUCCAGAUGCAUGAAACACACGAUGUUCAUUCCUGAUUGUCCCGAAGACUCUUUGAACUCCAUUGGGAAUGAAGUGAAUUUUCAGUUCACUGGUUUACCUGUCAGCUCAGCGACUGGAUUGAAACCCAUCCUGGAUCCACGCAGUCCUACUAGACUCUUCUUUCCACUGAAUUUUGAAAGGAACUGCGGUACAGACAACAAAUGCAUCGACCAUCUGAAACUUUCAUUCAAUUUCUCAGGGGCUCGUGAGCUGCAGGUGGGGAUCUCUCCAGUGCUCAACCUCACCGUGUCCAUCGAGAACGCGCAGGAGGAUUCGUACAACACUGCGGUGACAUUCACCUACCCCUCGGGACUGUCCUACAGACGAGUCACCCUGCUGCAGUCUGACAGGAGAAUGACAGUGCGCUGUGAAGCAACUCCAAGUGAUGAAGGCGAUGCGACGAGGAUGAGCUCCUGUUCAAUAAACAGACCCAUCUUCAAGCAAGGAGCCCAGGGCGUGUUUGUUGCUACUUUCGAUGUUGACACAAACAGCCAACUGAACAGAACUAUGAAUAUAUCUGCUGAGGCAACCAGCGAGAACACAGACAGCAUUACCAAUAACAGCAAAUACGCUAAAGAGAUCGCAGUCAAAUUUGCCAUCAACAUCCAAGUCAGAAAGGUAGAGGAAUCUACAAACUACGUGAAUUUCUCAGUGGGGCGAAACGAUUUAAAGAGAUUCGUGAAGCAUUGCUAUGAGGUGGAAAAUUUCGGCCUGAGAGAAAUCCCAGUCACGGUGACGAUCAGCAUCCCAGUUGAACUGGGAGGAAAGCCAGUCUGGAGCGAUAGGAACACGCUGCAGAUUCCCAAUUGCAUUGCGUCAGAGGAGGGUCCAAACCCGACUGUGGACUUUGUAGAGAAAUUGAAAAAAGACCAAAGUUUGGACUGCAGUGUUGCGAGGUGCAGGGUGUUCACCUGUCAGAUCACCAAACUGGAAACCAGGAAGAAAGUUACAUUCAACGUCAGCGGAGAAGUGAAAUCAGACUGGAUCGAACAGACCCAGCAGAGGACGGUGAUUCUGCUCAGCAGCGCGUCACUGGGAUAUGAUCAGAACCAGUUCAUCCACAUCUUCACCCAGUCAGAGAAGAGCUACACCCAGACCAAGGCUCUCACUCGUAUUGAGCUCUAUGAGGAGUAUAAUUACCUCCCCGUGGUGAUCGGGAGCAGCGUGGGGGGGCUGGUGCUGCUGGCACUCAUCACAGCGGGACUCUACAAGGCUGGUUUCUUCAAGCGUCAGUAUAAGGAGAUGAUGAAUGAGGCCGCUGGUGAUGCAGGGGUCCCGGGACAGGAGAGGAGCCUUCCUACUGCACCCCCCCCAGAAUGAGUGGAGGGGUCCUAGCCCCCCCCCCCAUUAUCCAAUAUCGAGUUUGCUUAUCAUUUUAAAUCCUGCUUUUUUACUUGGCUUUGAGCUCCUUUGAGAUGCCUGUCUGGAGACUCCAAUGUUAAAACCAGGCUGCUUCUCAUCCCAUAGACCCCAAUGUUAAAACCAGGCUGCUUCUCCUCAUAGACCCCAAUGUUAAAGCCAGGCUGUUUCUCGUCCCAUAGACCCCAAUGUUAAAACCAGGCUGUUUCUCAUCCCAUAGACCCCAAUGUUAAAACCAGGCUGUUUCUCCUCAUAGACCCCAAUGUUAAAGCCAGGCUGUUUCUCAUCCCAUAGACCCCCCAAUGUUAAAACCAGGCUGUUUCUCCUCAUAGACCCCAAUGUUAAAGCCAGGCUGUUUCUCAUCCCAUAGACCCCCCCAAUGUUAAAACCAGGCUGUUUCUCCCCCAUAGACCCCAAUGUUAAAACCAGGCUGUUUCUCCCCCAUAGACCCCAAUGUUAAAACCAGGCUGUUUCUCCUCAUAGACCCCAAUGUUAAAACCAGACUGCUUCUCUCUCAUAGACCCCAAUGUAAAAACCAGGCUGUUUCUCCUCAUAGACCCCAAUGUUAAAGCCAGGCUGUUUCUCAUCCCAUAGACCCCCCAAUGUAAAAACCAGACUGUUUCUCCUCAUAGACCCCAAUGUUAAAGCCAGGCUGUUUCUCAUCCCAUAGACCCCCCAAUGUCAAAACCAGGCUGUUUCUCCUCAUAGACCCCAAUGUUAAAGCCAGGCUGUUUCUCAUCCCAUAGACCCCCCCAAUGUUAAAACCAGGCUGUUUCUCCCUCAUAGACCCCAAUGUUAAAACCAGGCUGUUUCUCAUCCCAUAGACCCCAAUGUUAAAACCAGACUGUUUCUCAUCCCAUAGACCCCAAUGUUAAAACCAGUCUGUUUCUCAUCCCAUAGACCCCAAUGUUAAAACCAGGCUGUUUCUCCUCAUAGACCCCAAUGUUAAAACCAGGCUGUUUCUCAUCCCAUAGACCCCAAUGUUAAAGCCAGGCUGUUUCUCCUCAUAGACCCCAAUGUUAAAGCCAGGCUGUUUCUCCUCAUAGACCCCAAUGUUAAAACCAGGCUGCUUCUCCUCAUAGACCCCAAUGUUAAAACCAGGCUGUUUCUCCUCAUAGACCCCAAUGUUAAAACCAGGCUGUUUCUCAUCAUAGACCCCAAUGUUAAAACCAGGCUGUUUCUCCUCAUAGACCCCAAUGUUAAAACCAGGCUGCUUCUCCUCAUAGACCCCAAUGUUAAAACCAGGCUGUUUCUCAUCAUAGACCCCAAUGUUAAAACCAGGCUGCUUCUCCCCCAUAGACCCCAAUGUUAAAACCAGUCUUCUUCUCCCUCAUAGACCCCAAUGUUAAAACCAGGCUGUUUCUCCUCAUAGACCCCAAUGUUAACCAGGCUGCUUCUCUCCAUAGACUCCAAUGUUAAAACCAGUCUUCUUCUCCACCAUAGACCCCAAUGUUAAAGCCAUGCUAUUUUUUAUUGACUUAAAUGAUGAGUUUUUUUAGUAGUUUCUCUGGAAUUGCAUUGUGCUUUUUAGCGUUGUAUGUUUGUGCCAAAAAAAGUUUCAUUAAAAUAAUAAUAA